AGCUGCCUACCCCAUGACUUGAGCAUGCCCGACGCGCAGGCUCGAGCCUAAUCGUUGCUUCUCAAUUGUUCUCCCCCUUCCUCUCUUCCUCCUCCCGUCUCCCCUUCGAUGGCUCGAUUGAUCUUUGCCAGGACCGUAGCCGGAGCCUCGCCCAGCCUCACAACUGCCGCCCGCCUUUUCAGCUUCCGUCUCCUCUCCGGCCGUCCUGAGAAGGUAGAGCUCUUCGAGCAGGAGAUCCAGGCAGAGGAUCCCUACUCGGAGAUCGAGGUCCUCGGGAUGCGACGCCUCGAGGAAGCCAUACACGCCAUCAUAGUUCGCAGAUCCGCUCCCGAUUGGCUGCCCUUCAUCCCUGGCUCCUCCUACUGGGUUCCGCCGCGCAGGCGCCCUCAUGGUGUCAUCGAUCUCGUCCACAGGCUCACCUAUCCGAUGACAGAGGACGAGAUCAUGUCGUUCACCACGGAUCGUGGCUGGCCUUCCUCCUCCUAUUUUGUGGAAGGUACACCUCUGCAACCAGUGAAGAAGAGCAAAGGGAGGACCAAGGUGCACUCUGAUGAUGAAGAACGCUAAACGUCACCCAACAGGUUGCCGUUGAGGCUCUUUCAUGCUGCGACUUAAAUGCCAAGCAUUUCAGCUCCUUGUACACAUGGGAAGGGAGAUUGCGGCUGUUGGGUUCCAGUUCACCAAUGCAAACUAGUCCUACCUUCUCUUCCUGCCCCCAGGCAUUCAGAUGUUGCAACUUUGGUAAAACUUUGCUCAUAAUGUGAUCAAUAAUGAUCUAAUCCACUUCUGUUCAUAUCUAUUCCGUAAUGAAAAUGAUAAAAUUGGCAUGUGACAAUGGACAAUGCCUCAUUUCCAGUCUUUGCCAACAAUUAGGCUUUGUUGAUUUGAUGUUUAGGUGAUGCAUUAGUAGAGUGCAGGAACCUCAGCUCUGCAAUAUCUGGCUCAGAACCAUUCAGAUCUUCUCACCACGACAUCGAAAUCCUCCAAGGUAAACUUUGCCACCUUCCUUCAACUUUGUGGUUUGCUCUUUUUGGUUCUAGGAAUAGGUGAAGUCGGUUAUUAUGUGGAGAGUAACUGAUCAGUUGAAUUGGUAGAGCCAUUAAUAUUAACAUUGGAAGGUAACCGCAGUCAUUCUCUGUUGUGUUCCAAAUUAAAAUUUGAAGCUUCUUUUUUGUGAAUAGAUCCUUUUGUGAUGCCUUGAGCUCUAAUAGCAGUUUAUGGGGCAAAAAGGAUGAAGAAGAUACAUGAAGUUAAUAUUUGGUGAUGUAAUGGCUUCGUAGUAAUUAUUGUCUGAUGCAGCAAUUUUUGGGGAAGAGAAGAGGAAUUGACGAAAUAUUUGGUGCUUCAAAACCUUAACAGUCAUUGGUCUGACGAAUGGACGACACCAGUUUCAAAUUAGGAAGAGAAGCAACCUUAGUUUUGAGUCAUUUUUGCCUGUUAUAUUUGCAAAAACAUUGAUUGUCAUCGCACCCUUGAACCCCUGGGCGACAAAUAGCAUGAUGGGCAUUUCAAUAGUAGGACAUCAUGGAGAGAGAGAGAGAGAGAUCUCUUUGCAUUAUGGGUAAAAUUGGGCUUUUAUUUGUUAUUUUAUAUGUUAUCACACACGAAACAUUAGUCAUCUUAGUACCUUGGCUCUUUGAGUGGCACGACACUUGACAAGGCUCUCAAAUAGUAGGAUUGUCACUUGAGGCCCUCUGCUCACUUGUCAUGUGGUCGUGUAGGUUUUUUGUUUGGAUCAUUUUCAUGUGUUGUGAUGACGCCAAAUAUUGAUGGAGCAUGACUUGCCAACCUUUGGAAUUUGGAGACAAAAGUGUGUACCACAAGGAUAAUCGAGUAAAGUUGUCAAGCCUUCAUAGUGACAAUGUUGUAAUAUUCUUCCAUGUUUGCUAUUCCUCACGUAAAAAUUAUCAUUUAUCAGCAUGUCGAAACACCUCUUAACCUACCGUAGGCUUUUUGGCGCCAUGCCAAAAGACACAAUUUUGCAUGGAUGGAAGUUGAAUCCCUGUGAGAUAUUGGAUUUGAAGUGUUGGAAUGACCUUAGCUACUUAAGAAGCUUGGAUGACCAAAUUCUUUUUUCAAAAGAAAAAUUAAACUUUAAUUGUAGGAGGAAAAAUGAACUAAAACACCAUCAUUCUCAUCUGAUCCAGCAAACCAAAAAAAAAACUCAGCAGAAGGAUUCUUGAGACAAACCCAAUUACAUUUGUUAUGCUUUGCAAAGCUAGACUUUGGGACUGAAUGUUUGUUUAUUCGCUUGUUGCAAACUGAUUACAUUUGUUUUACUUUGCAAACAGUGCAGUAGAAGGAUUUCACUCACAAACGACAUGUAUUUACUUAGCUUGUUGUAUCGCUACAUGGGCAAAACUACCCGGACUAGUCAUUUUCACAUAUGUGACACAAAACAUAAAUGGAUCUUGGAAUGGCACUUUGACCUCGUUGUGAUAUUUAAAAAAUGUCAAACAUCUCAAUACCUUGCGACGAUCAUAACUUUUCAAUCUGCUAUAAGCAUUAACUUUUCGAUUUUCUUAAUUAUAUAGCCGAUAAAUUCAGGAGAAAAAUGUCUAUGGGCCACAAAAGAGUUUUAGGACAAAAUUACACACGAAGACAAAUGGGAAGGAAACACUCUUCUUAUUGCCAACGGUCCUCAUUUCUUCUUGGAGUAAGUUCUGCACACUUUUUUCCUGAUGACCGUAUCGUUUUGAUAUUUCGGAUCCAUUAUAAAUCCGCAUACCAUGCAAGCAUAACCUUCACCAUCCAACUCGGAUCCGCAUUGACCCGGUACUAAAGCGGGUAGGAUGCAGAUCCAGCUGCCUACCCGAUUACUUGAUCCUUAUCGAUCGUUCUUCCUCGCCCUCUCUUCGUCUUCCCGUCUCCCCUUCGAUGGCUUGGUUGCUCUCUGCCAGAACCGUAGCCGGAGCCUCGCCCAGCCUCACUACUGCCGCCCGCCCUUUCAGCCUUCGUCGCCUCUCCGGCCGUCCCGACGAGAAGGUAGACCUCGUCCAGCCGGAGAUCGAGGCGGAGGAUCCCUCCUCGGAGAUCGAGGUCUUCGGGAUGCUACGCCUCGAGGAAGCCAUACACACCAUGAUAGUUCGCAGAUCCGCUCCCGAUUGGCUUCCCUUCAUCCCUGGCUCCUCCUACUGGGUUCCGCGCCGCGGGCGCCCCCCUGGUGUCGUCGAGCUCGUCAGCAAGUUCACCAAUCCGAUGACAGUGGACGAGAUCUUGUCGUUCACUAGCGAUCCUGUCUUGUCUCCCUCCGCUUAUUUCGUGGAAGGUACAGCUCCGCAACCAAUGAGGAAGAUCAAAGGGAGGACCAAGGUGUUCUCUGAUGAUGAAAAAAGCUGAACGUCACCCAACAGGCUUUCGCUGAGGUUAUUUUUUUGUUGCUUAUACGAGGAGUACAACGAACAAAGAAACCAGGAUAGAACUCAAUCGAACUGAAUUCUUCUGCGAGUGUGAAUUUAUGUGAGUGCCAUCUUUGACAUCGCUAAGCCCAAACUUAAUGAAUAUUAGUGCUAGUGAAUUUGUUAUCGGGAUUGCUGAAUCUGUGUACUAAUAUGCUGGCUCUUUCACACGGCGACUUAAAUGCCAAGCAUUCUAUCUCCUUGUACACAUGGGUAGGGAGAUUGCAGCCGUUGGCUUUCAGUCCGCCAAUGCAAACUAGUCCUACCUUCUCUUCCUGCCCCCAGGCAUUCAGAUGUUGAAACUUUGGUAAAACUUUGUUCAUAAUGUGAUCAAUAAUGAUCUGAUCCACUCAUGGUCA